AAAAUUCGCAUACAGAGAAGCGAACUUAAAAGAACACGUGUGCUACUUACUUGUAACAAUAUGGCGCCGCGCAGAGAAUUUCGAUCUAACCUCAAUUCGACAAAAGUAUUGAAGAAAAAUACCAAGAAUUGGUAUGAAAAUUACUUAGAAUGGGGAAAAUUAAGUUCCUUAUUCACAGAUCCCAGAAAAUUGUUUUUAAUUGGAAGACUGUUUAUCAUUUUGGAAAUCAUUCUGAACAUAUUGAUUAUCGAAAGGAUACCAUAUACAGAAAUCGACUGGAAAGCAUAUAUGCAAGAAGUCGAGGGCUUUUUGAAUGGAACGUUGGAUUACUCGAAAUUGAAAGGUGACACUGGACCAUUAGUCUACCCUGCAGGAUUUGUUUAUAUAUUUUCUAUAUUGUACUUCAUCACGGAACAUGGAACAAAGAUAAAAAUAGCACAGUAUUUCUUUGCAGUUCUUUAUAUUGUGCUACUCAUAUUAGUUUUUCGAAUUUAUACGAAAACUAAGAAAGUUCCUCCGUAUGUUUUGAUCAUUAUGUGUUGUACAUCUUAUAGAGUUCAUUCUAUAUUUACCUUAAGACUUUUUAAUGAUCCAGUUGCAAUGGUGUUGUUAUUUGCUAGUCUGAAUGCAUUUCUAGAUGACCAAUGGUAUUUAGGCAGUAUUUUUUAUAGUAUGGCUGUGUCUGUAAAAAUGAAUAUUUUGCUAUUUGCACCAGCACUUCUCAUAGCUUACAUAUGUAAUUUAGGAAUAUUCAAGACAAUAAUACACUUACUUAUAUGUGCCUUAAUUCAGUUAGUAUUAGGUCUUCCUUUUUUACUUAAUAAUCCAUUUGCAUAUAUAAAAGGUGCUUUUAAUCUUGGAAGGAUUUUUGAGUUUAAAUGGACAGUAAAUUGGAGGUUUCUACCAGAACAUAUUUUUGUCCAUUCAUAUUUUCAUGUAUCAUUGUUAAUGUUGCAUAUAUUAACUUUAAUUUACUGUGCAUCAACAUGGAUAAAAUAUAUGAAGUCGUAUGCAAAAUUAAAGUAUAUGGAAAAAAGCUUGCAACCUCAACUAAAAAAGAAAGAGAAAGUAGAUAUGUCUACGAUGAAUCAAUUAUUUAUUUUUCCAAUGUUUGCUGCAAAUUUUAUUGGUGUGACUUUUAGUAGAUCAUUGCAUUAUCAAUUUUACAUAUGGUAUUAUCAUACAUUGCCCUAUAUUGCAUGGUGUACAGACUAUAAGACUGUAAUAAAAUUAACAAUUUUGGGCAUAAUAGAAUUAUGCUGGAACACUUAUCCAAGCACCGUGUUUAGCAGCAUUUCAUUACAUAUAUGUCAUUUGAUGUUGUUAUUUGGUUUUAUGAAACAUAAAUCUAAAACUGAGAAAGGAAAAUAAAUAAUAAAUGAUUUUUGUAUAAUA